UCUUUCAGGCUCUCACAUAGCAGGUCGACACGAGACAGCAUUUAAACGUGAAGAUAUGUCGCUGUUAAGAAAUAUACGAAGUUGUAUAAUAGUACACAUAAUAAAAAUACAUCUUUUAGUGAAAGUCUCAGCUUUAAUGUGAGCUUUAGCUAGGAGAUUUUAAGUGUAGUCUGACUCCACGACAGUGAAAAGUGGAGCACAGCUUCCGUUUUGUUUUCGCUCUAUCUUCCUCGCGCAUACUACGUCCCCCAUAAUCCAUUGCGUGCUUAGGUUAAUUUUUUUGGUAAGUCAACACGGAGCAAUGAGCACGCAAACGUGAUUUUUUUCUAUUGUGACAAAAUUAAAAUCCUCUAUUUCUCUUUGUUAUUUUACUAUUUGCGCAACGUUAUAAAUAAAUACAACAAAAAUAAAAUUACACAUCGUCUGCACGAUUCGAUGAUAUUCUUUGACCAGCUUAAAACGGUGGAACAGCGAUCUUGAUUAAAUAGAAGAAUGUUAAGCUUUACAAUAUACUGUAACACAUUUCAGAUGUACUGCCUAUCAUGCUGUUUGCGAAUUCUCUGCCAACAUCCAGCAUCACAGCAGUACGACUUCAUUAACGGCUUCAGUCAGACACGUUGAAAACUUUUAAAAAGUACAUUUUUAGGCCAUUGAUGGGCUCUAUCAGUGGCCUAUAAUACAUUUUUAGAGUUUUUCCACAGACUUCAGGUUUCUUUGGGUGCCGUGUCUUCUCCUUGCCUCGCCAGAACCUCACUGCUGUGUUCCUACACACUGUAUUUGGGAGCCUGUGAAAGUGUGAAUGAGGACAAUUCCAAACAGAUCCAUCAGGGGAAAAAAGCAAACAGUUAAAAGUGCAGUUUUCAUUGGUUAGUUGCCUUUUCUCGGACUUUUGUCAAUAAACUUUCAUACAUUUUAACCAGACCUUUUCGGAAAUCUGUGUCAUUUUGUGUUUAUCCAAUUAGUGAAAAUAUUUUGCUCUGAAGCACUAAAUCAAGCUCGCACUAUAUGGAAUCAUGUAUAGCGGCCGAUGCGUACGCAUAUGCAUAAGGAGGACGAAGGGUGGGGGGUGUUGCCGAGGGGCUCAGCCGCUCAAAUCCCACCUCCAGUCAAGCUCCUGGUGGAGAAAGGCGUAGUAACACCUCUCUCUGCGUACCGGCUCGUCGUCGGCCACAGGUCCAGGCUCAGGUCCCGCUGCAGAGCCCUGACACUUUGCCACCAUGGAGCUCCGUUAUGCACUCACAUUCCUCUGUCUUGUCGUGGUGCCUGCGUGCACAUCGGACACUGAAGUGAGCAGCCACUUUGUUUUGGAGCCUUAUGAUUUCCUCUUCGACACGGCGGUGGAAGCUUACUAUAAGGGGGACUGGUUAUCGGUGAUUCUGAACAUGGAGAAGGCUCUCAAAAACAAAGCCACUUUGCGCAAAGUUAAAGCUCAGUGCCGCCAGAGCUGCGCCAACCAGACCGCUUUCGGCGAGCCUGUGGCCGGGUUGGGAGUUCCCAUACCGGGAACCGGCUCUGUGGAGGACCUGGGCUUCUUCCAGAAAAUCCUGAAGCGGGCCGACUGUGUGAACUCCUGCGAAACUGAGAAAGUCGGCGCACCAAGUUUGCAUCUCGUCAGCGAAGAAAUAGAGCUGGAGUUCAAGAAGAGGAGCCCAUAUAAUUACCUACAAGUGGCGUAUUUUAAGAUCAAUAAGCUGCCAAAAGCAGUGGCAGCCGCAAACACGUUUUUCCUGACCAACCCAGAUCACAUGGAGAUGAGACAGAAUCUGGACUACUAUAGGAUGAUGGCAGGAGUACAGGAGGACGACUUCAAAGAUCUGGAGGCCAGGCCACAUAUGGCCCAGUUUCUGCUGGGAAAGAGCUACUACAGCGACGACUCCUUCAUCCUAGCGGCUGAACACUUUGAAUCGGCCGUAGAUGAGUACUUCAUAGCUGAUAAGGAGUGCAGAGUUCUAUGUGAGGGAGCCUACAACUAUGAUGGAUACAACUACAUGGAGUACAGUGCAGACCUGUUCCAGAGUAUGAGUGACCACUACCUGCAGGUGCUGAGCUGUAAGCAGCACUGUGCUGUGGAGCUGGCCCUAACUGCUGGCAGAGACAAGCCCUUUGAGGACUUCCUGCCUUCGCACUUCAACUACCUGCAGUUCUCCUACUACAACACUGAGAAGUACGAGAAGGCCAUAGAGUGUGCUAAGACCUACCUGUUGUUCCACCCUGAGGAUGAGGUGAUGAACCAGAACCUGAACUAUUACUCUGCCGUGCUGGGCGAGGACAAAGCAGCAGCCAUAUCAGCCCGACAGGUGGUGAAACGGUACAUUCAGCAGUCGCUCCUGGAGAAAGAGCUCCUCUACUUUGGUUAUGAAGCCUUUGGAAUCACUUUUGUAGAUCCGGACUCGUGGACCCCUGAAGAUGUCAUGCCUAAGAAACUGAGAGAGAAACAGAAGGCUGAGAGAGAGACUGCAGCGAGGAUCACAGAGGAGAUAGGAAACCUGAUGAAGGAGAUUGAGAAUCUGGUUGAGGAAAAGAAGAAGGAUUCUUCAGAAAUGGCCAAGAUCAUAGUGCCACAGGAAGAUGGGGCUCUGCUAUACAGUGACAUCAAGGUGACCAUGACAUCCAAGCAGCUGAAUGGCUCCCAGCGGGUUUUGCUGGAUGGUGUGAUCACAGAUGAGGAGUGCAGGGAGCUGCACCGUCUCUCCAAUACAGCUGCUCUAAAAGGCGAUGGCUAUAGAGGACGACCAUCCCCGCAUUCCCCCAGCGAGAUGUUCCAGGGAGUCACCGUUCUGAAGGCUGUCAAGCUUGGCCAGGACGGGAAGGUCCCUUUGAAGAGCGCUCGUCUGUUCUUUGACCUCAGUGAGAAAGUGAGGAAGGUCUUAGAGUCCUACUUCCGUCUGGACACUCCACUCUAUUUCACAUACUCCCACCUGGUCUGUCGCUCUGCCAUAGAUGAGAAGCAGGAGGACCGUAAGGACAUGAGUCACCCUGUCCAUGUCGACAACUGUGUGCUGGUUUCUGAGGUCAACGAGUGUGUAAAGGAACCUCCUGCAUACACUUACAGAGACUACAGUGCCAUCCUUUAUUUGAAUGAGGACUUUGAAGGAGGAGAGUUCAUUUUCACUGAGCUUGAUGCCAAAACAGUGACGGCUGAGGUGCAUCCAAAGUGUGGUCGCAUGGUUGGUUUUGGAGCAGGGAAAGAAAACCCCCAUGGUGUCAAAGCUGUCACCCGGGGUCAGAGGUGUGCUGUUGCUCUGUGGUUCACCUUGGAUCCUGCUCACGAGGAAAAGGAAAGAAUCCAGGCUCAGGAUUUGCUGAAGAUGUUUUCUACACCAGUGGAUGCAGAGUUCAGUAAAAAAUGAGGCCAUGGAAACCGAGUCUCAACCACUCCCACCAGAAGCUCCCGCACAGGCUGACCAGGAGGCAGCCAGAAAAAAAAGAAGUAGGAGAGCAGAAGCUCAAGCUGAACACGUCGAGCGAUGCACAGACUGACCUGCUGAAGGAUGUGGGGGAGGCGAAAACAGCCAGUAAAGGAACCACUAAAACCAAAGCUGCACCUAAAGCAAAGCCUAAAGCUGGAGAUCAAACAAAGGCAAAGAUGACAGGCAAAGUUAAACCUGCUGCUGCAAAAGAUGGAAAACAGACAGCAAAAACAAAAGCAAAGCAGGUUGAUAAACAGAAAACAAAACCAGCCGCAAAAAAAACAGUAAAAGCAGUUAAGAAGGACUCCACCUCAGCACCAGACUCUCAGAGCAACAAGGAUGAAUUGUGAUCAAACGUGCCACUGUUUUCAUGUGGGGCCAGCUACUGUCUACACGAUCUUCUCUGUGGGUGGUUAAAUAAAAAGCUGUGUUACAAAAUGUUAUUUUUCUUUAAAUACAUUCAUUAUUUUGGAUGUCACUUAAAUUGUUCGCUUUUUUUUUCUAAGUAUGUGGUUGCUGACAAUCUGCCCUCUGUGAUUCCUUUUGCCCUGUGACAGCUGCGAUAGGCUCCAGCACCCUGUGACCCUGAAUUGGAUAAGCAGAAGAAAAGGAAUACAUUGAUGGACAAUCUUCACAAGUGCCCACAAUUACUCUCUAAACAUGUGUAUUUGGCCCUAGCUCUGAAUCGUCUCACUUUAAACACCCGUGUCUCUCUGUUUUACUUCAAUGGUGAUGUCAUGAUAUGAAACCUGGCAUAGGUGUGAAAAAUCUUCAAAUCAACUGCUCAAAUAAAAAGUGAUGUUUCCUAUA